AUGCAUUACUUUCAAAUACUCUUUGCCUCGUUGCUGGGUACGGCAACUGCCCAGCAGCUCCCCGAAUACAAAUACGACUACGACUUUCGCCCCUUUGAGGGCAUCACGCCGACAUGCAAAGCAGCCUUGAACAAGGUUCUCGACUGCGAUACAUUACUUGCUCGAUACGGACCUGAAAACAUCAUGCCGUCGGUCGAGCAAGCGACCAAGAUCUGCACUGCCACAUGUCACAGCUCCCUCGUCCAGUUCAAAAAGGACAUACAGAAGGCGUGUCCGGUAGAGAGCAACAUAGUCCACUGGCCCGAUGGCAGUAACUUUACGGGCACAGAUAACAUCAACGAGUUUAUUGACAGGUAUAACAAGCUCUGCCUAGUCGACCCAGAGACGGGAAGGUUCUGCUAUGACCUGCUUAGAGAAUGGGGGGAUUCGAGAUGCUCCGACUGUGUCUUGGGCUUGUACCAGAUACAAGAGGAAUCAAAAGCCGAAUAUGGCGAGGACUUUGCGUCAGCAGUUGCUGAUUACAUUGACACUUGCGAGACGACGAGCGUUGAUCUGCACAUCCUGAAGGGUACACCAACUGCCACGGGCACUUCUGCCUCAACGAGCAGUUCAGGGGCAGAAACGACUCCAGUUGGAACAGACACUUCCACUGAAGUGACUCCGAGUCCUUCCCCGGAGAUCCCGGUUCUUACCCCAAUGCCAUCCGGUGCGUCGACCUUCGCCAUCAACCUCAUCUCGUUCAUCGUGCCUGUUCUGGUGCUGACAAGCCACUGGAGAUGGUUUGCCCAGAACUAG